GACAAAACAAGGGUGCAUGUGUAACAUGGCACUACCACUAUAUGUUACUAUUUUUAUUUACAUUUGGUGUAUCCCUUGGAGGCCAUUAGGUGGAGGCUCUCCGCAACAAUAUACCAGGUUUCCUAUGCUCUACCACCAGUGCCAAGGAUGGUUCCCAGUUUGACUGAUUGCCAGCAGGCAAAUGAUCACUGUAUGCUGCAGUAUAAUCCUGCCAUAGAAGAAAUCACCAGCCAUUUCUAAUGCAACAUUUUUUCUAUAAAGCCAAAUGUAUCACUUAUAUCUUCCCCUAAUUUGUAGAAUAGGGUCUGUGCUAUCUGAUGAUAGUGCUGCCGCAUGCCACUCAGGCUGCCGCAUGCCACUCAGACUCAAGCUAGCUGGAUAGUGACAGUUUAUUUUAACUGACUUUGUGCCAGUUAGGAGCAGGGUGUCCAGGAGUUUUCCCUUGGAGAUUUUGUGACUAAAUUGUGGAUUAGAGAGUCAGAGCGACAUUUUUUUGCAGGAAAAAAGUUUUUUAUUACAGAGAGAAGAACAAGAGAAGAAGUAGAAAGAAAAUCUGCAGAAAAGGAAUUCAAAUGGAUAAAAAAAAGAAGACGAGAAGCAGAAGCCCAGAGGAGACCCCAACUGACACAAGAGCACAGAAGAGGUAUCGAGUGGACGACACAACUCCGCCGCCCUUCAAUAUCAACAACUAUCAGCUCAUAAAAAAGCUGGGGAAGGGCUCCUUUGGCAAGGUGAUGUUGGCUUCUUAUACCAUCAAGAGCCAGCUCGUCGCUGUGAAGAUAAUAAAGAAGAAAAAGAAGACAGACUACCAUGAUAUCGAGAUGGAGGCUACAAUACUGCGGUUAGGUCACACAUGUCCAUUUCUUAGUCGGGCAUAUGCAAUCUUCCAAACUGAGUCACUCGUGUUGUUCAUCUUGGAGUAUGCCAGAGGUGGAACGCUGCACAAGCUUAUCAAACGUCACCGAUAUCUGAACAGCCAGGAAGCACAGUUUUAUUCGGCGGAACUUGUCCUGGGUUUGAGGUACCUGCAUAAGUAUGGGAUUAUUCAUCGCGACCUCGAGCCAAGAAACAUCUUACUGGAUGAAGAGGGACACGUGCAGAUCGCCGAUUUUGGCUUUGCCCAGGCUAGAAAGUUUGACUCAAAGGCUUGUCAUGGUACUGGAGGAGCAUCGGGAUAUAUGGCACCUGAGGUUUUGGAGGACGUUCCAUACAACUCAUCAGCGGACUGGUGGUCGUUCGGUGUUGUCGUCUAUGAAAUGGCCACUGGCAAGCUGCCCUUUUCACCAAAUGGAACCUUUCAAGAACAGCUGGACAACAUCACUAACACGGAGCCAUAUUAUCCAGAAACGCUUACACCUGAAUUUCGUGACUUCAUACAACAGCUCUUGAAGACGAAGGUAGAACAUCGCCUUGGAGUCUACGCCAAUGCCCAGGACCACCCAUUUUUUUCAUCAGUUAAUUGGGAGACAGUAAAAGAACGAAGCAUGGUGCCCCCUCUAAAACCAAGAAUUAAACAAAUUGAUAUGCUCAGCAACAUUCCCUUCCCAGAAAACAAAAUCAGAAAGACCGGCAUGAACAAGGAAUUCACCUACAUAGAUCCGAGUUGGCUAGACAAGUAAUUGUGCCAUCACCAAGCUGGCUUCUCAACACGCAUAAUAACUGACUCAUUUGGUGCAGGUUUGUAGCACUGUGGAUAAGGUAAGUAAGACCAAGGUAGCCGGGGGCUAUUUUUUUAUUUUGUUUUAGGUUUAAAAAAAGAAAAAGAAAACCUUUUCCUCCUUUUCCCAGUUAUGGUUUUAUCUCUACUUUCCAAUGUAGCCUCUGUACUUUCUCUUUACUUUCUUAAAUAAGACAAAAUGGGAUUUAUAAGUGCAAAACAAGCCCCUGAUAAUAAUAGGAAGCUUAUUAACUUGCCCAACUAGACCAAUAAUAAAUUAAAUUAAAACAGUGAAGGCACUGUAUGUAAUUUAACAUAGAUAAAGAAUCGAUAUUUAUUAAGGUUGUUUUCUUAAUAUUAGUAAAAUAUUUAAAAAAGCACAAAAAUAGAAAAAGUAUAUAAGGCUAAAAGUAUAAUGCACACAGUCCUGGUGCUUAUACCCCACAAUUUAAAAACAGGGGUAUUCAUUCAAAUGGAUCCACUCAGGCCAUGAAGCAAACAUAAAAUUUAUAAAGCAUCCUCAAAAAAACCAGGGGAAGCAAAUAUUCACUCCUGGUAACUUUAAGAGCUGAAAUUGCUGGAUUGAUUCCCAGCAUUUCUUUUAACAAGGUCUGUGAUCUCACUAGAGGGAAGGGAUGGGGGUGGGCAUAGCUAGUGGGUUGUGAGUGGUCAUUUAUCAAUUUUCGGCCAAUCACAAUGCACUAGUGGCAUCCCUCUAUUGAUACAACAAACCGCAACCAAGUUUUAACGUAACUUCCCAAACAGUUAACUUUUAAGCUAAAAGUAAUCUUAUCAGAUACUCAGCUAGACCCUUAGGCUAAGGCCACACUAGGCGAUAGCGCCGCGAUUUGACUCGCCG